AAUCCCUCCUCGUUCCCAGCAUUCCUCGGGCGAGCGUGAAUGGAGCCCGAAGCAAGAUGGCUGCGAACGAGAACGCCGCCAGCCCUCUGUUUGAUUGCCCGACAUGGGCAGGCAAACCACCCCCAGGGCUGCAUUUGGACGUUGUGAAGAUAGACAAGCUUGUAGAGAAACUGAUCAUUGAUGAGAAGAAGUACUACCUGUUCGGCAGGAACCCUGAUAUCUGUGACUUCACGAUUGAUCACCAGUCCUGCUCCAGAGUGCAUGCAGCCUUGGUCUACCACAAACACUUGAAGAGGGUCUUCCUCAUUGACCUCAACAGCACGCACGGCACAUACCUGGGGCGCAUCCGUCUGGAGCCCCACAAGCCACAGCAGGUACCCAUCGACUCGACAGUGUCGUUCGGAGCCUCCACGAGACAGUACACCCUGCGAGAGAAGCCACAGACGCAGCCGAGCACGGCCACUGGGGAUGCCAAGACAGGGGAGGACGAGGAGCUGAAGGGGCUGCUAGGACUGCCGGAGGAGGAGACCGAACUGGAGAACCUGACAGAGUUCAACACGGCACACAACAAGCGAAUCUCCACCCUGACCAUCGAGGAGGGCAACCUGGACAUCCAGCGACCGAAACGCAAACGGAGGAGCUCCAGAGUGAUCUUCAGCGACGAGGAAGAGAUCAUCAACCCGGAGGAUGUGGAUCCCUCAGUUGGUCGUUUCAGAAACAUGAUCCAAACAGCUGUUGUUCCAAUAAAGAAGAAGAAGCUGGAAGGGCAUGGCACGCUGGGGCUGGAGGAGUCGGUGGCCCGGCGCGUGCAGAACUUCCCCUUCAGCGCGGGGCUGUAUGGAGACCUGCCCCCCACCAGCCACGAGGCAGGGGGGCACUCCCAUGGGGCUCACGGGGGGGCCACCAUCCUGGGGGGGGGGCUCCCCCUGCCAUUCCCCAACCUUGCCCCCGACGUGGACCUGACCCCGGCCUCCGUCCCGCCCACCGUCACCCUGAACCCCACCCCAACCCCCGGGGCCGGCUUCCCCUCGGAGGCACUCAACGAGCCCAAGAAGAAGAAAUACGCCAAGGAAGCCUGGCCGGGCAAGAAGCCAACCCCCUCCUUGCUCAUCUGACAGGGGCUCUGGACUGUAUGCCGUCAGGGGGGCCCUUGCUCUGUGCUUGUUUGUUUGUUUUUUUUUUAUCUGGGAGGGGUGGGUGAGGUAGCAGGGUUAUGAAGAGGUAUGGCAGCUUGAAAGUUUGAAUAGCAGUAGUUUCAUUGACCAAAAACAUAGUGUGUUGUCACAGUGAUUACAAUACAGCUCCCGUUGCAUAGUAGUGUGAAGCCAAUCCAGGUUCUACCACAGGCUUGCAGUCACAAACACAGGUCCACAGUAAAACCUGAAAUGGUCUGAGCUGCUAAUUCAGAAAAUACAAAGCAAAUACAAACCAUUUGUGACAGAUCAAUUUUAUACAAUGUAUAAUUGGGGGUCUGCUACACCCCUACACAAUAUAAUAUAUAUUUUUUUAAUACAGUGCGUCUUUAUUGGACCAAAGGGAGACGCAAUAUGUAUGCAAACUAUCAGUUGGUGGUAUACUGUUACCAUUGGAACAGAACGUUUUUCUGCUAUCGUCCACGUAAAAUGUCUUUGUUUCUUCUUAAAGUACAUUUGUCCUGAUGAAGAGACCUAUUCUGUAAUCCAGAAACGCCGUGUAGACCCCAGAUGAAUGCAAUAAUAAAAUGUCCAGAAACGAACCUGCAAUAGUGCAGUCACAGUAAGCCCACACACACCCACAUACUCACUCCCACACUGUCUUCAUCGUCCUGUAAAUCCACACCUUUUUCCGUGGUGUGCAGGGCUGCAGCUGAGAGGGGUUGGAGACACAACACAGGUGAAUCCCCCCCCCCACACCUCUCCAGGCAUGCUGAUGUCUUGGGUGAACAGCGUGACUCACAUGGGUGUUGGCUAGUGCUCACUGAGGAGAGCUGAAGCAGAAUGAUUGCUUUGUGCAUUUCUGGUUUGAUCACAUCGACUCUGCCUUUGUAUAAUCACUGACUGGCAGCAGAAUACAUUUGUUUGCAUUUGCAGAUUUGCUCUGCCAGAGUAUCAUCAUGAUUAACAGUUUAUUGAGGUUCUGCAGAAUUUAAAAUGGUUGAACUCUGCAGUGGUACAUUGUUUUAUCCACUUUUAGGCUUAUUUAUUUAUUUUAAUUUUAUAUUUGUGCACACGAGUAGGGUAGAUGCUGCCAGAUGCCUUUACAUUUUUUUUAUGUUUUCAUUUUGUAUUUGAAGGAAUUGUUAAUGAAAUCAAUGAAAUGACCGGGCAAACGAUAUGUUUACUGCAAGUCUCUGAGUUCUCCACUACUCCAUAAUUGUUCUUCCUUCAAACCUCUUGAGACCAUUUUGUGUUGAAUUCUGUCCUUACAGAAUCCCUCCUUGUCUUGUUAGACAUGGACCCACAUGACUGUCCAGUGGUGUGGCUUGCUGAUCGGACAGGGAUGGUUACAGUUUUUCAGCAUACAAACGAGAUCUUGUUGACCAUACAGUUUGUUUACAUUCCCUAGAGGUUGGUAAUCUGCAGACAAAUCUGCUUCCAAUUUAAAAAAACUAAACAGGCAUGUUACUGCUGAAUCUGCUAUAGAGAGAGAGACCACGGGUACAGUCUGUUUUUGUAUUUUAAAAGAAAUGCCUACAGAUUUCACCGUGAAAGCCUCAGUUCAAGAAUAUUGAAUUUCUGAACUGUUUUUUAAUCUGUAAGGAGCAUUGCAUCUUGUGAUUCUCAGUCACUUUUUCAUGCAUUCCAAGGGGUCACUUGCUACUUAAGCUAAUCGUUAAGGUUGUAAAAGUUUUUUGUCAAAUAGGAAAAAAUAAAUUACAACUGCAGGAACAGUCUGAAAAUAAGGUAUUCAAAACCUGGAAACACUAAUUCAUUGGUCAAACCAUAAAUAUACUUUCAUUUCUUUAACACUUCUUGCAGUUAUCAAUAUUUAUUAAAAGAAAAAGACACCAAGGUGUUAGUGUUAAAAUUAGUUAGGAGCAACACACUGUAGCUUUUUAGCUUCCACAGCGUUUUUCUUUUGAGUUAUGCAGACUUUGCAGUAGAGAAGUAGCUUUGGUGAGACUGCGUUGGUGUGACCAGUACACUUCCAGGCUCAGCCACUAGAUGGAAUUGCUAACAAGGUCGCAGUCUAUAGCCAGCCCUGUUGAUCACUGCAUGUUUGAGGACACAGAGGUCGUGUCCUCGGGUUCAGUGCUGAUGCUCAUGUACAAAUUCUGGUAAAGUACAAAAGACUCCUUAAUUUUCUCUGUUGGUUUGCUGUGUAACACAUAUUUGCAGGUUGAAUAGUAAAUACCAAGCAGUCAUUAACACUGCAGCUAUAGCCUGAACCCAAAGUUUGCCCUCUGUAGAAUGGCAUCUCUGGUUACGAAGCUGUGUGCGCUUUCAUGGUUAGCUGCCAUUUUAUAUAUAUUGUAAACCAGGAGUCGCUCUCUGCAGUUGCCCCUUUUAAAAGUAGACACAGGACUUGAAUUUUCACCUUACGUGCUAAUUUUAAAUAAACGGAAACAAAACCUA